AUGCCACAAAAAUUUAUCUUGGAAAUCGAAGUAUUUGACUGUUGGGGAAUCGAUUUCAUGGGGCCUUUCCCACCUUCCUAUGGCAAUCUCUACGUACUUGUGGCAGUGGAUUACGUUUCUAAAUGGGUUGAUUCUUUAGCAAGUCCUACCAAUGAUUCUAAAGUGGUCCUCAAAAUGUUCAAGCACAUAAUUUUCCCACGGUUUGGUGUCCCUAGAGUGGUUAUAAGCGAUGGGGGAACUCACUUUAUCAACAAACUCUUUGAGAACCUUUUGAGGAAGCAUGGCGUGACACACAAGGUUGCCACUCCUUAUCAUCCACAAACCACUUAUAAAACGCCUAUUGGGACUACCCCUUUCAAGCUGGUUUACGGGAAGUCAUGUCACUUACCUGUCAAGUUCAAAUACAACUCCCACUGGGCAACUAAGCAAAUGAACCUCAACGUCAAGACGGCAGCCGAAAGACGCCUUAUUCAACUGAAUGAACUUGAUGAAAUUCGCAUGGAUGCUUGUGAGAAUGCUAGAAUAUACAAGGAACAGACCAAGACUUUACAAGACAAAAGGAUUAUUCCCAUGAACUUUGCUGCAAAUGAUUUGGUCCUACUCUUCAACUCGAGGCUGAAAAUAUUACCUGGGAAAUUGCGUUCUCGUUGGUCCGGCCCUUUUCGAAUCAAAGAGGUUAUGCCUUAUGGUGCUGUUGUGCUUUGGGACCAAGAAGGAAAAGACUUUACUGUUAAUGGCCAACGUCUUAAGCCAUACCUUGCGGAUCAUGAUCCGAUAGAGGCUUCCCUCCCUCUGGAGGAGCUCCAAGCUGCUUAG